AUGAAGAGCGUCUCCCUCGCUACCGUUACUAUUGCUGUUACCAGUCUUGCAACUCUAGUCUCGGCGAACACGUGCACCUAUAGGUCAUGCGAUGACUGUGGGUUGUUUAUCAACUCGUGGAAUAUCGAUCACAGCGGCGGUGUUGAUUUCAGUCCUGCCUUUUGUAAGGGGUUCUGGGAUAAUUUACGCUGCCCUGCCCCAUCCGUUCGGACCUGUGAUAACGCUGCCGCCGACGGCCACGGGUUUAUCCAGUUCAACGUCGGUAUCGCCUGUAACGCGGGAGAUAUCGAGUCCGCCUGGUGGAGGGCUACAAAGAAUGAAUUUGGUUCUAUUUCAUGUGUCUCGGAGAGCGCCGAAGGCCAAUAA